CCGCGGUUUUUAUCCCCCGUGCUCCGAUAUCCCUCGUCGAGACCGUUCCAUUUAUCGAGAUACGACAAUCGUCGUCCUCCUGUCACCUGUCACCUGUCCUCGUGUCACUUGACGUCAGAUGUGCACGAUUAUUCGGGCGUGCUUUUUACGGGCCUCCCCGUUUCCCCUGUCGCCUUCCCCCCCUCCCCCGAAUCCGUCCUCCUCGAUCGCUCUUUCCUUCCCCCCUUCGUUCGACGUAUUUCGUUUGUCGAUUAAAGUGACUCGAGCGAAUAAACGAGCCUCCCUUCGAAACGUCUCAUAUACAUAUAUACAAUGACAUAUUUACUCCUUCCGUUUCUCGCUCCUAUUUGUCUCCUUUUGUUUCCUUUUGUUCGCUUCUCCCUUUCUCUCUCUCUCUCUCUCUCUCUCUCUCUCUCUCUCUCUCUUUUUGCGUCUCCUCUAUUUGUACGCCUCCCAUUCCUCUCCUUUCAUCCCUCUAAUAGUGUGUUAUCCACUGUUCCUCUGUAUGGGACGGCCGUUCAUUCAUUGAAUCGAUCUCGGCGUGUGUAACAUCUGGCUAAAUGUCGUCCGCGCGAUACAUUCUUAACAUUCGGAUUCUGAGAUCUCGUAUCAGUUUUCGAGCCCCAAACUCGUUCACGCAUCGCUUGAUAUUUUUUAACAUCGAGUAGAAAAAAAUGGAAUAAUCUCUGUUAAAUAUAAUACAUAUAUUAAAUACAUAUUAAAUCUUAUAUAACGUAUAAAGAAUUGUUUAAAAGCAUUCUCACGUUUAAUGACGCCACAAGACGCUACAUGACGCUACAAUGCAUCCUUUUGGUAACUAUCUGGUGAGGGUCCGCGCCCAGGUAAUGACGAGAGAUGAUAGCUCGGGUGGUUGGGUUCCUUUGAGUGGUGGUGGAUUGGCAAAUGUCUCGGUUAGACGUAGGAUUACUUCAUCAGGAAUACAUCAAACAAACAAUACCAAUGGAAACAAUAUUUCUACUACAACCAACUCCGCACAUCCUAUCUCGAAUGCAACUGUUGGCCUUCAAAGUCAUGGAUCUUCUAAUAUCUCUCCGCCUGGUGCAAAUAAAAGAAAGCACGAGUAUCUUAUUUAUGGCAAACGCAUUACUGAUCAAUCGGUUGUUCUUAGUUGUAUAAUUAAAAAAGAUUUUGAAUAUAAUAAAGUGAUGCCAACUUUUCAUCAUUGGCGAACAGGGGAAAAAAAGUUUGGAUUAACAUUUCAAACAGCUGCCGAUGCAAGAGCAUUUGACAAAGGAGUUCGAACAGCAGUUGAAGAAUUGUUGGAAGGUCUGUCUGAUUUAACAUUAACCACUAAUGCUCCAGAUGCUGGGGACGAAGAUGUUUUUAUGACUUUGAAUUUGCCAGUGGAACCACCUGAGCCACGUUCCUCUUCAGACACACCUCAUGGAAUAGUUCGAGUACCAAAUUAUUCUCAAUAUUCAGAGCCUCCUGAUUCACAUCGAUCUAUUCAUCACAUUGGUGGUUCGUCCGUUAAGGGCCCUCCGUCGCAACAUCCUUUAGCAUCCGCUGCAGAUAUUGGAUCGGAUAACUAUCCUUAUGUGCAACUCACGACGCUUAAUCAUGAAUAUUUAUAUCCUAUCAUCGACGAUCACAAAAGUGAGAGAUUAGACGGACAUAAUACUCCCAAUAGUGGAAGUUCUCUAAAGAAGCCAGAUAUUAUAAUAUCCCAACCUUCGAAAAAUACUAUGAAACGUAAUGUACGUUUACGUUGCAAGCAUUGUCAAGAGCUGUACUCAGAACAGCAUAAUCCGAAAGGUUCCUGCGAAUACGCUCCUGAUCCAAUUAGACGUGGAAUCGCGAAAGUUUCUUGUUUAUCGUGUGCCCAAUGUAUGUUAUAUCAUUGUAUGAGUGACGCUGAAGGUGACUUUGCACAAAAUCCUUGUAGUUGUAGUACAGAAGAGGGAUGCGGACGCAGAUGGUUUGGUUUGGCCUUGUUGUCACUGAUCGUUCCUUGCUUGUGGAUAUAUCCUCCACUUAGAGCUAUACAUUGGUGCGGGAUGUCCUGUGGAAUGUGCGGCGGUCGUCAUCACCCUAUGGAAUAACUGGAGGAACCCUUUGAUAUCUCUGCUCCGUACUCAAUUGGAUCAAACAACUUUCCUGCAUCGUGUAAUGCAGUCGCCAAUGUGUAUGAAUGUCAUGAUCUAAGUAUGGGUCGUUGUCAGAGAUAUCAAAGGGGUAGACAACUUCCAGUACAUGCACUUAUUCAUCAGCGUCAUCUUUAAAAUAAAAUACAGUCAAAGUGGAAAUACCCAAUUUAGCACAAGAUGUCGCAUAUAGCCAACAUAAUGUAUAUUCCGUACAUUUUGUAUAUUUUAUUAGAGCAAGAUACGUUACUUAGUCUCACCUGUACAUUAAACAAUUUGAGGUAAAUUAGUAUUUACAGUUUGAAUGAUUAAUCUAUGGAAAGCACAUCAAAUGGACUCAGACCAACUAUUUGUGAUACAUGGUGCACAUUGUGAGAGUGUAACUUCUGUGAGUCGAAUAAAAAUUAAUUUUGUUCUUAGUUUCACUAAUUUUCACACACACACACACACACACAAUAUACUCACAAUAUUUAAUGGAGAAAUAGAUAAGAUAACUAAAUUAAUUUUGCUGGAGUUCUUAGAUUGUAGAAUGUAAUGUAUCCUGUGAUUGUUAAAUCUGAUACCCAAUAACUUGAAUUGCCAAGCUAAUCUUUGUUGACUUCAUUCUUUAUAACAUAUCGUAGGAUUAAAAAAUAAAAAUCUUUUGCUUACAAGUUUUCUUUAAUAGUGUAAACAAUAAUUGACAAAUCUAUAUAUGUAUAUAUAUGUUUGAAAAUAAGUAUAU